CCAGCCCGGCCCGCGGCCAGGGUGUAAAGUUACCCUCGACCUUCCCGGGGGGCACGGCCAGCCCCCAAAAUGGAGCAGAAAUCACCCAAAAUCCCAGCCUGCGUGCCUCAGUUUACCAACUGCCCCACCAUGGUGAUCCUGGUGGGUUUACCCGCCCGGGGCAAAACCUACAUCUCCCGCAAACUCACCCGCUACCUCAACUGGAUCGGCACCCCGACUCGCGUGUUCAACGUGGGGGAAUACCGCAGGGAAGCCGUGCCCAACUACAAAAAUUACGAAUUUUUCCGCCACGAUAACCCCGAGGGGGUGGAAAUCCGCAGGCAUUGCGCUCUGGCCGCCCUCAAGGAUGUCCGCGCUUACCUGAGCUCCGGGGAGGGGCAGGUGGCGGUCCUGUUCGUGGAGUCCAUCUGUGACGACCCCACCAUCAUCGAGGAGAACAUCAAGCAAGUGAAGCUGAGCAGCCCCGACUACAAGGGCCGCGGGCAGGACGAGGCCGUGGCCGAUUUCCUGAAGCGCAUCGAGUGCUACAAGGCCACCUACGAACCCCUGGACGACGAGCUGGACAGCGGGCUGUCCUACAUCAAGAUCUUCGACGUGGGCGUGCGGUACCUGGCGAACCGCGUGCAGGGCCACGUGCAGAGCCGCACCGUCUACUACCUGAUGAACAUCCACGUCACGCCCCGCACCAUCUACCUGAGCCGCCACGGCGAGAGCCUGCUCAACCUGCAGGGCCGCAUCGGAGGAGACGCGGGGCUGUCCCCUCGUGGGCAGCAGGCGCUGGCGCGCUUCAUCCGCAGCCAGGACCUCCGCGAGCUGAAGGUGUGGACCAGCCACAUGAGGAGAACCAUCGAGACGGCCGAGGCGCUGGGCGUGCCCUACGAGCAGUGGAAGGCCCUCAACGAGAUCGACGCCGGGGUCUGCGAGGAGAUGACCUACGAGGAGAUCCAGGAGAGGUACCCCAAGGAGCUGGCGCUGAGGGACCAGGACAAAUAUCGCUACCGCUACCCCAAGGGCGAGUCCUACGAGGACCUGGUGCAGCGGCUGGAGCCGGUCAUCAUGGAGCUGGAGCGGCAGGAGAACGUUCUGGUCGUCUGCCACCAGGCUGUGAUGCGCUGCCUGCUGGCCUACUUCCUGGACAAGAGCGCAGAUGAGCUGCCCUACCUCAAGUGCCCCCUGCACACGGUGCUGAAGCUGACGCCCGUGGCCUACGGGUGUGAGGUCGAGCCCGUCUUCCUCAACAUCGAGGCAGUGAACACCCACCGGGCACGACCCCAGAACGUCGACAUCAACCGCACCGCAGCCGAUGCCCUCAACACCGUCCCCGAGCACUUCUGAGGGGUCCCUUGGGGGAAAAGGGGAGCCCCCACCCCAAAAUUAAACCUUGGACAACCAA